AUGCCGAAGCCAGAGAAGGUAAUCCGCGAGAAGUGCGUCGGCUUCGAACUGGCCGAAGAGGAAAAGCUGGUGACCCCCAGAGACUGCAUUUUGUAUGCACUGGGCACUGGGGCUUGGUGUGGAUGCGGCGGUCUUGGCUCCAAAAACUCCAAAUUGAAGACACAGGAGACAUCAAUGGGCCCCACAGCAGCACAGCAGCACAGCAGCAGCAACACUGCAGCAGCACAGCAGCGCAGCAGCGCAGCAGCACAGAAGCACAGGAACGGAGCAGCGCAGCAGCACAGGAGCGGAGCAGCACAGCAGCACAGGAGCGGAGCAGCACAGCAGCACUGCAGCACAGCAGCACAGCAGCACAGCAGCAGCAGCAGCAGCAGCAGCAGCAGCAGCAGCAGCAGAAGGGAGUUGGGGUUUGCUGCUGCGCUGCUGCAGGACCCGCUGGACUUGGGGGACCUUUGUUACUGCUACGAGGGAAACUCGGAGGGUUUUAAAGUGCUGCCAACAAUGGCAGCAACUUUCAUGUCUGUUGCUGCUGUCUUCGACGGCCUCAGCCAGUGCCCAGGCCUGCCUGAGUUCAACCCCAUGCGUCUGCUGCACGGCGAGCACCGGCUGCAGCUGCUGCAGCCGCUGCAGCCGGAAAUGAAAAUAAAAUGCAAAGCAAAAAUAAAAGAUGUCCUCGACAAGAAGGCAGAUGUGAGCCUCGCGCAGCUCGGGGGUUUCUCGCGGCCAAUUCUUCACGGGCUUUGCACGCUGGGUAUUGCUACGAGGCGUGCACACGGGGCGGGUAAUGUUUCUGCUGCUGUCAACGGGGCUGCUGUUGCGCCCAGUGCUGCUGUAGCAGCAGUAGCUGCUGCUGUAGCAGCAGCAGCUGCUGCUGCUAUUGCUGUGCUGCUUCUGUGUUAUUGA